AUAAAAAUGAUAUAUUUCAAUUAAUUAAUCGUUCUAAUGAAGAUGAAGAAAUAUAUAUUGAUGAUGAUAAUUUUUCAAGUACGGAAUUAGAAAUUAUAGAUAAAAAUAAUGACAAUAAAUAUUUAACAGAAUCAGUUGAUAGUAGUUUUUAUGAAACUGAAGAAAGUGAAGAAGAAAUGAAUGAAUCUGAGAUUGCAAAUAGUUCAUCAUCUAAAAAGUCAACUAAAAAACAAAGAAAUGCUAUUCAUACACAAGGGUCAACAACAAAUUUUGCAACUCACUUACUUAGUUAUAGAAUUGUAAAACCACAAUUGGCUAUAAAUAAAGCAAACAAUUCACAACCAAAAAUUGAU